CGACGCUGGGAGCGAGAUAUCGGAGCCAGAGAUCAGACAUUGCGCCGUGUGAUUAAGUUCAGGCGCUGAAGCAAACAUUGAGAGAUUCGUCGUUGGAGCCAUGCCGGAGCCUAGUAACGAUUACAGGGUGGUCGUGUUUGGCGCGGGAGGCGUGGGGAAGUCGUCACUGGUGCUUCGCUUCGUGCGAGGCACGUUCAGGGAGAGCUACAUACCGACGAUAGAGGAUACUUAUCGACAGGUGAUCAGCUGCAACAAGAACAUCUGCACGCUGCAGAUCACCGACACGACGGGCAGCCAUCAGUUCCCCGCGAUGCAGCGCCUCAGCAUCAGCAAGGGUCACGCCUUCAUCCUCGUAUACUCGAUCACGAGCAAGCAGUCGAUCGAGGAACUGAAGCCGAUCUACGAGGAGAUACGACAGAUCAAGGGCGACACGUCCGACAACAUCCCCAUCAUGCUCGUCGGCAACAAGUGCGACGAGACGGCGCGGGAGGUGUCCGUGCAGGAUGGCAUCAACCUCGCCAAGCAGUGGACGAGUGCCUUCAUGGAGACGUCGGCGAAGACCAAUCACAACGUCAAGGAACUGUUCCAGGAGCUGCUGCAGCUAGAGAAGCGAAGGACUAUGAGUCUGCAGCUGGAGACGAAGAAGACGCGAUCGCAGAAGCGAAAGGAAAUGUUGAAGGGCAAGUGCGCGAUCAUGUGAGAUGGACGCAGGGUAUCCGGUCCGGUACGUGAGAGAGACACGAGGAUAUCUGGUCCGGUGCGUGAGAGAGACACGGGAUAUCCGGUCCGUUACGAGAGAGACGCGGGAUAUCCGGUCUGAUACUUAAGAGACACAGGAUAUUCGGUCCGGUCGAGGGUUGAGAGUCAGGUACGAGGUCAGGACACAUGAUGCGAGCGUCGCAUGCAACUCUAUAGAGUCUCUGUCUCCCUGCCACUCUGCCUGCCUGCCUGCCUCCCUGCCUGCCUCCCUGCCCGGACUGUCUUUCUACGUCCCUGUCUCUCUGCCUCUCUGCUUCUCUGCCUCCCUGAAAAAAAUCGUUCAAAAUGUGAAAAAAGUAUGAAAAGUGGUACACUUGCGGACCGCGGACUUGCGGAGAGUGGACACACUGUACGGUGUCAAACCGCUUCCAACGGCUUUCCUAGCUUUCGUUGCUACUACACUUGAUUGGCUGCUAAAAACA